AUGGGUGCCAAGAAGGAAGCAAUCGCCACUGGCGGGUACGUGAAGAGACCCAUGAACGCUUUCAUGGUGUGGUCGCAGUUGGAGCGACAGGCCAUUCAGAACGAGCACCUGGCCUCCUCGCCAGCCUCCAACCGACAGAUCCACAACGCGGAGAUCAGUUGCAGACUUGGAAAGGACUGGAACAAGCUUUCAGAGAAGCAGCAGCGUCCCUACAUUGAAGAGGCAGAGAGGUUGAGACAACUGCACAUGAAACAAUUUCCUUCCUACAAAUACAAACCUCGCAAAAGGUGA